UUUUUAAUCGGAUGUGGUAUUUUAGAUAAGAAAGUUGAUGUUAAUAUAAAAGAGUCUGAUCAAAAUAUGGAUACAGUAAUAAAUUCAUUAUCGGACUUAUUUACUUCAAAGCAACCCGAUGAAAAUGUUGAUGAGAAAAUCAAGAGUUUUUUCCAAAAAGAAUCUGGAUUUGAAGGGAUUGAUGUCCCUGUCAGUGGCGAUGAAGAUAGUGACGGAGUCAACGAGACAGACAAUGAGACCAACGAAGAGGAUGAGUUCGACUUAGACGAUUUUUUGGAAUACCACGCCAAACACUCAAUGGGACUCUCAGAUGAUGAUUUGAAAAAGUUUAGGGCCGACAACAAGAAAAGAUCUAUAUCGACUUUGAAAGAUUACAAUGACGAUAGUGACUAUCAAACCGAUACUUCCACAGAAUAUAGAUCAGACGAAGAUGGUGAAGAGGAACUUCAAAACGAAGUGGAAGAAUUUAAAAAAUUGUUGGCUACUAAUCCAUUAGCUAGAAACCUUUACGAAAAGGGAAUUGGAAAUGAUAACUGGUAAUUAAUGAUUAAUGAUUAAUGAUAGUAUAGACAUUAUAUAGAUGAUUUUUCUGUUUCAUUUUUUUUUUUUUUUUUUUAUUUUUAAUUUUUGGUAUAAUAUCAAUUAGGUAUAUUAAUAUUACGUUCACUUAAUUGAUGAAUAGUCCAUAUCCAAGUUCUAGCAGCGUAAUCCAUAUUUUUUGCAACACUCGAAGGUUCAGCUUCAACACCGUUAGUAGCAAAAUACUUACCAUUUGAUUUUUCAAUUGAUAGAUUCUGAUCCAAACAGCAUUUAACCGAAGCAUACGAGCCAAUUUCAUUUGAAACGCCAAAGAAAAACCCAAAAAUUUGGAAUAAACACCAAAACAUGAUUCCGAUUAUUGGUAGGCUUGUCCAAUAGGAAAAUAAGUUAGUAUUCAUUACAAAACCUGGAUGUACCGCCAUGGAUAAGAUUUUUGGAUUUCUUAAUGCUAACAUUUUCAUAAAAUGUAUUCCUG